AUUGAGCAGACUUAGGUAGUAUGAUUGUCUACGUGGAUUAAUACCGCCAAAACAACGGGGAUAUCCACCCCACCCCGUACAAAGGACGAAAUUUUAAAAUAUGCUGUCCUUCCAGCGCGUAUUGAUUACAAAUAAACCCUUGCAACAGCUUAAGUCCAUAUGCAGAGGCAUAUAAAUAACCUCAGACCGAUUCCUCUUUAAUUAGAAGACGAGGAUUUAAUCAUCGCCAACAAAACGAGCCUGAAGAGCAUCGUCGUUUCUAUAUUAAGAGCUUCCUCAGGUUUCUGAGCACGUUCCUGCACGGCGGAGAGCACUCCUGGAAAUUGGCGGAUUCAGCACGCUGGACAGCUCCCGUGUUAAUUGCCCUGUGUCUUUUCCCCGCUGAGAGGAAACCUCUCUCUUCGUUUGGAUGCUUGAGAAGCCGAUCGUUCCAACACUCCACUGGUGAUGACGCUAGCAUUUUUAUUCCGCUCCUUGCUCCUGAGCAAGAACAGCAUUAGUUCGGGUGGAAGCCAAAUCCACUAAAGAGAGAGAGCGUGAGGCAAGAAGACUUCCAUGAGACAACCUGACCCCCGUGCGAGAUCAAAGAGAAAGCCCCAGCAAUCCCCCCCGCCCUCUCUCUCCGUGAGGAGCCACGCUUGCUGGCUUUCCAGGAUGUGACUUGCGGAAGGAACACAAAAUCCAAGUGAUGAGUUGAAACUCUGACAGAACGUGCUGGAGGUUUAAAAAGCUGACCCUGCAUCUCUCCACAUGGCGAACAAUCAGCCUGGUCAGGAAGGGACUGCGUCAGACCUUGAGAUCAUCUCACAGCAGGUGGAAGACGAGAGCCAGUGCAUCGCCCCUGUGCAACUUGUCAGCUUCGCCUAUCGUGACCUGCCCCUUGCUGCACUUGACCUCUCACUGGCGGGGUCACAGCUACUUUCCAACAUGGAUGAUGAUGAUCAAAGAGAGAGUUCGAACUGGCUGAAACCUUGCUGUGGGAGGCGGACCGCUGUCUGGCAAGUGGUCCUACUCAGUGCUGGUCUCAACUGCUUCCUGGUAGCAUCCGUGGUCCUGGUUGUCCUCCUCCUAACGCUGGAGCUCCUCAUCGACACCAAGUUACUUCAGUUUACCAGUGCAUUCCAGUUUGCGGGGAUCAUUCACUGGAUAAGUCUUGUCAUCCUCUCUGUCUUCUUCACGGAGACUGUCUUCAGGAUUGUGGUACUUGGCAUUUGGGACUAUAUUGAGAACAAAGUGGAGGUGUUUGAUGGUGCAGUCAUCGUCCUGUCAUUGGCUCCCAUGGUGGCCUCAACUGUAGCAAAUGGACCCAGCAGCCCAUGGGAUGCCAUCAGCCUGAUCAUCACCCUUCGCAUUUGGAAGGUCAAGCGCAUCAUUGAUGCUUACGUCCUGCCAGUUAAGGUGGAGAUGGAGAUGGUCGUCCAACAGUACGAGAAGGCCAAACAGGUCCGAGAGGAACAACUUGAACGGCUCACACAGAUUUGUCAGGAACAAGCUUUUGAAAUCAGACAGCUAAGGGCCCACCUAGCACAGCAGGACCUGGAUCUCGCUGCUGAAAGGGAGGCUGCUAUGGAAAUGCACCACGUCUGGAACAAGCAGAGCAGCAAGUUUCAAGUAGUUGAUGGCUCCGCGACCGGAGUGUCCGAUGACGAGAGUCCCGACAGCAUCAUUGACCCACGCCAAACACAAAAAGCAGUCACCAGAGACGAUAUGAACAAUUACAUCAGCCAGUAUUACAGUGAACCCAACAGCGAGACGGGAAUUCCAGAAGGUGCCUCCCACGUUAUCACAACCGCUGCCAUUGAUGUCCAUCUUCCCAGCUCCCUUCACAAUGCCUCAUCCGACCUCUUGACAGUGGAGGCGCCGGCAAAGCUCGAGAGGGCGAGCAGUUCCGUGAGCGAUAAUUCGGGCAGUGCCUCCAGAUCCAUAGACAGCACCACCACACAAGCCCAGAGCAUCAGCAGCCAAACCCUGGGCUCCUCCACAGACUGCAGCACAACCAGGGAAGCAUCGUCCGAAAGCUACCUGUUGGAGAAGCCGGAGAAGGAGGCAGGAGUGCAUCAGGACACACGGGUGGUGGUGCAGAAACUCCUGUCCACCUUAUCGGAGGAUUCGUGCCUGACUCAGAAAGAUCUGGACCCAGUAAACCUCAAGCUGCCAAGUCCAGCUGGGUCCACUAAUGCCAGCCCAGAGCUGGGACACAGGGUUAACAUUUAUAACAAAAAGAACCAGGACCAUCUCUGUGUGCAUCCAACAACGCCAGUCAUCCAGAUUCAAGGCAACGACAUCACGCUCGAAGAAAAGUACAGAUUUCUGGAGCCGACAGAACCUACAGUGAACAGACUGCCGGAUUCUUAGUCUUCAUUGUGCCCAGAGCAGCACUCCCUACGCAUCAAGCAGAGGGAGUUCUGGUUCUGCCAGUCACAGAUCCAUUAUCGGAUAGGAUUCAGGAAACGGGAACACGGUCAGGUUAUGGUGAAGAACAUUUUGCCAUCGGCACCAUCUGAAAUGCUGAGUAGACGCAAACAAUGUGACAAACAAUUACUUUUUUUUUACAUUUGAAUCUGUGGCUUUCCUUUUUCUUUGUAAUGUUUGUCUUGAAGCGCUGAACAUGACAUAAUUGGAAGAAUGAGCUGGGAGAAGUUACACUCAAUGGAUAGCAAUGGACCACGAGUCAAUGAAUGUUUUUGUAGUGAGAUGAAGACUGUACUGUUGGGGUCAGUGUGUCUUGUUUCUGCUAAUGAUCAUGCUACUGAUACAUCAACCUAUCAAUUGAUGGCAUUGUGGCACAAUGGUACUGUCACCAGUGGUCUCGAAGCUCAGACUGAAUCUCUAGAGCAAAUGAGUUCAAAUCCUUUAGGGGCAGGAGGAGGGGAAUUUAAAUGCUGUUAAUUUCUGAAUAUUAAUAGUUAUUGUGAAGUUCUGUUUUGGCAGAAAAUUUGUUAGUCUUUAUCCCAUUUGGCCCUCACACUCCAAAUCCACAUGAAUAUGGCUGACACUUAACUGUCCAUUUCGAGGUGGCUUAUCACGGUAUUCUCAAGGGGCAAUUAAUGAUAGGUAAUAAAUGCUGACCUAGCCAGCAAAGCCCACAUCCUACGAAUAAAUUUUAAACACUUACUGUCUCUGAUGUCAGCGAUACUUUGCCAGUUUAUGUUACUUGCACUCAUCUGUUUUCAACAGGGUAGUAACUUCCAAAAUUGCCAUUAAAUAUAUAACAUGGAACAUCUCACAAAAAGAGUUGGAGUUUAAUGAUGGAAACAGUAAUAUUCCAGAACCGACUGCUUAAAUAUCAAAGUUCAGAAUUGUUGCAGGUAUUGGAGGAAUAUAGAGUUGAGGAUUAUCAGACUGGCCAUCAUUUCAUUGAAUGACAGUGAUCGCAAUGGGCUGAAUGGCCUACUUCUGAUCCUUCAUCUUAUGGUUUAACGGUGUGAGUUGAAGUUAAAGGUCAGAAGUAAAGAUAUAAUUAGCCAGCAUCUGACAGAGAAAAUUAAAAAAUAACACAGAAAAAUAUUGCUUUCUCCUUUUGGAGGAAAACUGACACUUCCAGAAUGUUUUAUUUUAAGAAUUUAAGAGUUCAUGUGUUUUUCGCAUCUUGAAACCAAAAUAUUGUGAUGUUUAUGGAUGAUAUGACAGCAAAAACCAAUCAAAGUUGAUUGAAUGUCAGUACCAGCAGUGAGCAGGCCUGGGAUUUAGCCACGCCCAGCAGUGAACAAACUUCUAUGUUUUAAGAGAAAUAGUUCUUAACAGUUGAGAAAAUUCUUUGUAAAACUACUUGAAGGAUCUGUCCUUCAACAUACUUUGCCAUCUUUUGAUUUGAUUUGACUUGAUUGUAAUGAGGUUCAAUGAUGAAUUCAUUGGCUGUAGGUGCCUGAGUAAAAAUAGUUUUACCUAGAAAAUGAUUUAUUUUCCAAAGCUCUGUACUACCCUCAAGGUAAUUCUGUCAAUAACUAGUUGUCAUUUAAAUACUGAAUCACAAUACUUUAAGCCUUGGAUCACUGUAGUGCCAAAACAUAAUCACAAAAAUCAGCUGAUUAAAAAGUUGAUUUGUAAGAGUCCAGAAUCCUGAUGCUUCCCUAUUAAACAAAAGUUCAAUUCAAUUUUUCUUCACAUUUUCUUCAUACCAAUUGGGGGUUUGCUCCCCAUCUGCCUUCAGAUUGAACAGUCCAGUUUUUGCACAUGGGCUGUCAGUAACCCUCAAUCAGUGGAAACUGACCUUCAGAGCUGUGUGCAUUUUCCAGUCUGAUUUCUCACUAGCUCAUUUCACAACAUGCCAAAUUGCGAGCUGGUGACUUGAUGUAGGAAACUUCAGCACCAAAGUCUUUUUAAUGAAAGACCAUACCUGCCCUUGUUUACUACCUUGGCCUGUGACACAAUGGCGUAGAGAUCAGCAGACUUCAAGCUCUGAUUAUGGCACUGUACAAAUGGAGUAGUGACAGGCUAUUUUUGUGAGUGACAAAUGAAGGUGCAUCGAUUCUGGCUGUCAAUUUGCCCACUUGUCCAGCAACCGUUUGGAUGCAAGGGCCAGGUACCACCAAAUUAAAACACUCACUGUCUGGAUGGCCAGACAAGAAAGGAAUAUUAUAAGAACCUGUUCUGUAGCGUUUAGCAAAUUAAACUCAAUUAGAAACAGUAGAGUCACACUGAAUCAGAGUCAUAGAGUAAUACAGCUUGAAAACAGACCCCUUGGUCCAACUCAUCCACCCCAACGAGAUAUCCUAAACUGAUCUGGUCCCAUCUGCCAGCACUUGGCCCAUAUCCCUCUGAACUCAUCCUAUUCAUGUACACAUUCAGGUGCCUUGUUAUUGUACCUGCCUCCACCACCUCUUCUCGCAGCUCAUCCCACCCUCUGUGUGAAAAAGUUGCACCUUGGGUCCCUUUUAAAUCUUUCACAUUACAUUUGAGCCAUUUCCAAUGGCAGUUUGGUGACCCUCCUCAAAGUUACUCCUGUAAAAAGGCUUUAUAUAAACUGGUGAGAAGUUAA